AUGGAAGCUUGGGUAAUUGCAAAGGUAUCGAGUUUGAACCUCGACGCGUCCGUGUACGUCGAAUAUGCGCUCAGUAUUAUCCAAGAUGAAGAUAUGGAUAUCUCGGAGCGUGUAUCCAGCGUCAUUGCCGUCUUUAGUAGCGCAGCAGAUGGUCUCGUAGCCCAAGACAUUUUGGACCGCAUUUUGGACGUGUCAAAAAUGACGCAAGAUGUCAAAAAUCUCCUUGAAAUUGACAAACAGCAGUCUCAACACGCAGAAGAGUUGAAAUUGGCAGAAAAGAAGCUAAAGGAUCUAGAAAUACGAGAGAAACAAUGUCAAGAGGCUGAAGAAGCUGCUGAACGAGAGAAACAAAAGGCUGCGGACCGGCUCAAGAAUUUGACACGGGAAGAGAUUGCGGCCCGUGAGCAGCUUCUUAAUGAAUAUGGCUUCACUAUCAUGUCAGAAUUUGAUGAAGAAGGUAAUGUAAUCAAGAUCAAGGACAAGGAAAAGAGAUCAGAAGAGGUGGGACCUGUGAACUCGAACAAAGAGAGGGUCCAACAGGCUCAAAAUGCUAUGAGAGACAAGAUGAAGAAGGAACAUGAGAAAAAAGUCAAGUAUGAAAAAGAGUUACUUGCAAAAGAUAAAGCUAGAAAAGACAAGGCUAAGAAGAGAACAAUGAAGAAGGAGAAACAACGUGGCUACUUAUCCUGGAAUGUAAUGCCUUGGGCUGUGCAGAAAGUGCUCUCGGACUUGGAACGGUGA